UGUGGCCUCUUUCUCGUCUGCUGCGUCCGCCUCCAAGAACCCCGCCGUGUCCAUGGCCUCUACCACCGCCCAUAAGAUGGCUCCGCGUGCCGGAGAGCUCGGAGAAGAUUUGGAAAUGGCGUGUGAUGAAUCUAGGAGGAUUUCUACGGAGAUCGAAAACCUCAAGUCCCAGCUGGAAAAGAAGGUGAAAGAAUUGGGGUAUUGCGAGGAGAAAAAGAAGCUGAGAGUUGAGCUCGCUCUCAAGCCCAAGGAGAUGGAGCGUCUCAGGAAGCAGAAUGAUGAGCUCCAAGCAAAAAACAAGGGCUUACAGAACAAUAUUCUGGAGAUGCUCGAAAAUCAGAUAGUUGCUAAGAAAAGGCAUCUGCUGCAACUGGAGAGGCUGGAGAUUCAGUUGGAAUUGCAGAACAUGAUGGAACUUCCAAAUGACUGGCUUCAGAAAGGCAACAUGAAGCUAAAUAAGGAGGGAAAAGAAGCCUGCGGCAUAUCCAAUGCUGCCGCCGCCGUCCCGUGUCCUUCAAAUCCAACACUGUCGCUGCUGCCAAGCGCUUCUCCCAGGUCUGGCGUGCGGCGCUCGAGCUAUGGAAGGGCUGAGCCCACACGGACACCGGUGCACCUCCUCCAGGUCCAGCCUCCCCGAACUCGAUCCCUUAGCCAUCUGGCCGUCUGUGUAGAGAAGAACGGGGAGAAAACAGGGCAGCCAGAAUGGGGCCACAGUGGAAGGAAUCCGGAUUUCAUCCCUCUGUGGCUCUGCAUCCAUGCUGCUCUCUCGUCAUAG